AUGGCAGUUCCAAAAAAACGUACUUCUAAAUCAAAAAAAAAAAUUCGUGAAACAGUAUGGAGAGAAAAAGCCAAUCAAGCUAGAAUAAAAGCUUUUUCAUUAGCUCAAUCUAUUUUAACAGGUCGUUCAAAAAGCUUUUAUUACACAACAACUGAAAAAGAUUCUAAUUUAUCAGAAUAA